ACAUCAUAAGUGACAUUUGAAUCUGAUGGAUCCAUUAUCGCGUAUUGUUGAAGACAAUAACAUCUUAACAAACAAUUUGUAAAAAUAUUGUGUUUAGACUUUCAUUCUUUAGUUAAAAUCAUUAUUUCUACAAGUAUUUUAUUCUGAGAAUAAUCUCAAUAGUUCGUUUGUUUUUAAAAUUGGAAGUUAGUCGAAGAACACUAGGAAGAAUUAGUUAUAUCUUUUUUGUGCUAGUAGUUCCUACAAGGUUUUGUGCAUAUAAAUCAAAAAACUUUUUUAUUUUCGUUAUGCUUGAAUGUAAUUUACUCCAAAGGUAACAUGGCGAAUUUAAAUUUCACAAGGAACAUUGGAGGAGGCAAUAUUGGCAGAACAAGUGUUAGUUUUGGUAGUAAUUCUAUGUCAGGACAUGUUACCCCAGUGUUUGGACAAAGAGCACCUUCGGAAAGGAGAAACUUAGCUUCAAUGGGAAAUUCUAAUCAAAUGGGUCACAUGAGUACCUUAGGAGGUUAUAGUUCCUUUAAUUCCGUUUUUGGUUCUGGUGAUACGAACACUCCAUCUCUCUUAGACCUUAGCGAAUUUCCUUCAUUAACAAACAGAAAUUCAGGUGAUAACGUUCCCCAACCAAGUCCGAUGCCUGGUGGUAAACCCUAUGUAGGUAUGGUGAAGCAACCCACUUCGGAAGCGAGUGAGUUCACCAUGUCAUCUGAAGACUUUCCUGCCUUACCUGGUACACAAAAUAGAGAAGGUGCAUCUCCUGGCAGUAAUACCUCAGGGGAUAAAGGAGUGAGUAGUGGUGCAGGAGAUGGUAUUAAUUCGAAGGAAGGAGAUAAAAGCGGGUCAAAAUCAGGUAUCCAAACAUCACCGGAUGGUAGAGUAACGAAUAUUCCAGGAAGUAUGGUUAACGAUCAAUUCGGUAUAGUCGGCUUAUUAACCUUUAUCAGGGCAGCUGAGACUGAUCCAAAUCUUGUGUCACUAGCGCUGGGCCAAGAUUUAACUGCGCUAGGACUGAAUCUCAAUUCACCCGACAAUUUGUAUCCCACUUUCGCUGGACCCUGGGCGGAGCACCCAUGCCGGCCGCAAGAUAUAGAUUUUCACGUACCUCCUGAAUACCUUAUAAAUCACGCGAUAAGGGAUAAGCUGGCGUCGAUGCAAUUGAGUCGAUAUAAAGACGACUUGUUAUUUUUUAUGUUUUACAAUAAUGUCGGUGAUGUACUUCAAAUAGCAGCUGCCUCCGAACUCUACAGUCGACAGUGGAGGUAUCACACAGAGGAAAAAGUUUGGAUAAUGCAAGUACCAGGGAUGGUUUUAAUGGAAAAGACAUCGACGUACGAACGGGGGACUUACUACUUUUUCGAUGCCCAAAAUUGGCGAAAAGUCGCGAAAGAAUUCUACUUGGAUUAUAGUAAACUUGAAGGCCGACCAGUCAUGAAUCAAAGCUUACAUCAUAAUUCAUGAAAGUCCUUAACCAUGACACCACCUGUAUGACUAUGAAUAAAUGAAAAGUGUAUAAAUAUUUUUCAAAAAGAUCUGGUUCCUUCCUAAGGUAUUAUGAAUGCACUUUCAAAAUAGUCAAAGGAUGACACAUUUGGUUAGGAAACUAGUCAAAAGUGUAGUUGGCAAUAUAAAAAUUAUAAUUUAUUCUAUAAGUUUAUUUUCUUUAUAUUGAUUUUUUUUACGAAAUCCUUAUUAUUGUAAAUUGAAGAUGAAAUUUUUAAUACAAUUAUAUACCAUUUCUUUAUAUGAA